CUUUGUUAAUGCUCCUUCACGCAACCUCAACAACUUGUCCAUAACGCGCUGUCUAUCCCUACUCCACUUUGGAUCCCUUUCACUCUCUUCUCCGAUGUUCAUCCAAGUAUCUUUGCCCUGCAAGCGUGAUUGUUCGUCUUGAAUUCUUCUGAUCAAAUCUUCGACCCAACUCUCAGCACCAAAGCGCACCCCACCAACCCACAGACAAGCUUGAUGGACUUUUCUUCUCCUUUGAUACCUGCAUCGCCUGUCAUAUUGUCUACAAUCUCUUGAGCAACACUUGCAGACAAUCUCAAUGCUGUCUAUGACUCAUGGAGCGCGCAUCCAUCAACACCAACCUAUAGCACCCUGCGUUGGCCUGCUUAUUCUUAAGGCUCUCUUUCCAGGACACACACAGCUGCAAUAGCGCAGUCUGCCACCUAGUCCCCCAGACAGAGACAAAGACCCUCCACGGUUCAUACCUCGAUUCAGCCCAGAUGGCGGGGCUUUCAGACGAUGAUCCCUUCACUUGGGAUAUCGAACGCGUCGUGAAAGAGCUCUGCACUGCUGACUACACUUGGACACCCACCGCUCGCUCCCGACUGCCAGACCCCAUACACUUGGAAGCAAGACUUCGAGCAUGCGAGUAUGAUGGCGAAGUGCUGUUGGACUCGAUGGAUCAUGCAGCUGAGCUUUGGGCUGAUCUGGGUAUCACUGCUACAAAGCAUAAGAUGGCCCUUCGUACUGCUAUUCAGCAAUUCCGCACAAGGAGCCCUUUGUACAGUGCGUACAAGAAGUCAUUGCACAAAGAUCUCAAUGACGAGACAGCUGUCAAGGAAGACAAUCGAUCUUUGUCCUGCACACUGAAGGAUGUCACUGCCCUUGAUUCUGUACCAGAUACGAUAAUCAGCAAGCACUCAUCUCACUCCUCCUCGCUUGCUGCCCAGAAUGAUGCAGACGACAUACAAGUCAGCCACAGUGGCAAUCCAACUGAGCCAUCCAAGAAGAAGCGGCGCUUGAACCCGACACAACUCAUCACUGUCGAUCAACCUCCUCAAGAUAGUCGCUUCAGUACGGUGCCCAUUUCGACGGAGGCUGAUGUAAUCAGAGCAUCUAUGGCAGCUACGAAACCAUCCGUGCUGCCCUCAGCGCCCUCCAACGAGCUGUUGGCCCAGGGCGUCAACUCUUCAAGCGAGCCCGACCAUUUCCAAUCCAGUCUUCUGAGCCUACCAGGAGCCUAUUGGGGUAAUGGAAAGUUCUCUUUUGUCGACAUUAUCAGUUUUAAUGAAACGAUCGAUGACGAUGCCCAGUUUGGGUGGGGCCGACCGAAGCUUUUCGGCCGAGCCAGAAAGAGAUAUGUCAAUGGGCUGAUGAAGCGAUACCUUCGUAACCCCAACAGCUUUAAGGCCGACGGGGACGACGAUGAGUCUGCUCUACCUGUUUUCGGAGAAUCUGAUGACGACGACAAUCCUGAAUGGCAAGAGAUUGAUCACGAGAUUGAGGAGGAAGAAGAGGAGGUCCGUCGAGAGCAGGAACGUGGGCUGGCCAAGAAGUCCCAACUUCAACCCUCCCAGGUUGAUACCUUUAUUGGCCAGAUGGUCCAAGAGUACAUCUCUCGCUGGCAGGAGAAUAAGCUUCCAGUACGGCAGCGCCAGGCCUUCUCACUAUGGGAUAAGGCUCGUCGGAAUGGCACUCGCAAUAGCCAGGUUGUCAAACUGACUGAUUCCCUGCGAGCUGCAGACAUACGUCUGUCCAAGUGGCUCGAAAAUCUCAAGGACAACACAUACUCAAAUGAGAACGAACUUCGCCACAUGGGGCCUAUUCUCGAGCCUACCAUUGAUGACAUCCAACAGCUCAAGUGGCACAUCAGCGUCCUGCAGUUGCGGGAACCUCCCGAGAAGAUAAAGUCGGCACCGGUACCCAAGCUUGCGCCUACGAGGAAGCGGCCUUCGAUGUCUGACAAUGACGGCAUAGAUAUAUGGGACGAGGACGAGCUGGACGACUUCAUUGUGGACGAUCCUAUUCCCGAACCUGAAGAUGAGGACUUGAUGGCUGAUGACCUCGCGGGUGCUGCGAUGGACAUUGACGAUCUAGCGGCCUCCGACAUACCGAAUAUCAACACAGGACACAGUUUUACGUCCAUGAGUGACGGUGAUAUUCCGAUGCAUGACCUGACGGAGGUUGGCCCAUCGAACGCUCCCAUUGACCUGCGCACCCCUGAUAAGCCCUUGCAGCUCCGAGCCGCUUCAGACGAUGAUUUCCCCAAGAUUCACUCUCUGGAAGCCAUUGUCGAUAAGGGCACGGAAUACUGGGAGUUGAGGUCACACUACAAACAUCUCAUCAUCACCCUCAUUUGGUUUUGGCCACAACAGCGAAAGUCGAGCGUUUUCAACGCCAUCAUCUACUCGGACAAUUCAGAGCAGGUCUGGAAUGACCUCAUGAGUCAACUGACACAAGACUCUCGCAGAACACCCACAAAGAAUAGCCCGGGGCGGUCGCGUCGUGAGACCGGGACCCAUUUGGCACGGCUCUUCGACACAUUCAUUGGCACAAUCACCCCUCGCACAUCUGAACAGUCCAGCAGCACUGAUAAGACAGCCUUGGAUAAGCUGACUAUGGAGCGGAUCAAACAGAAUAAGGGAUUGUUCGAUAAUUUCUACUGUUUCCUCACGAGAGUUGCCCGCUAUUACGGCUUCACACGAGUCGACAAGGAUGUUGUGUCUCCAUGCGAUCCAGAUCUUAGCUACAGCACGCAAGGGUCGAACAUGACUCCUAGCCAACGGGCCAAGCUCAUAAAGCAGCAGAAGCAGGCCAAAUCGGCUCGCAUUCGCCGGGAAGAGCAGAGCAGUUCCCAGAAUAUCGAGGCCCGCAAACUCCAGUUCAGACAACAGUUGGAGAGUUCAGCGCUUGUUCCUAAGGAGAAGAGCCGACUCAUCAUCAACGAGUCGAAGGAUGAUGGCAAGGGACUCAUAUUCAUAAACAGCCACAUUUCGCCCAGGAUCCAAGACCACCAGAUUGAUGGCGUUCGUUUCAUGUGGGACGAGAUCACCAAAAAGACGAAGCAGGGAUGCUUACUCGCACACACUAUGGGCCUUGGAAAGACCAUGCAAGUCAUCACUCUGCUGACUGCUAUCGCCGAAGCCGGGAAGUCUGAAGACGAGUCCAUCUCGUCACAGGUACCAGAGCAUCUGAAGGACGCGAAGUUCCUCGUACUCUGUCCAGCUUCUCUCUUGGAUAACUGGGUGGAGGAAUUCGGAUUCUGGGCUCCACCCGGUGUUCUCGGAGAGAUCUACUAUUUCCAGGCUUCCGACAUCCCUCAGAUGCGCGCCCGGACCAUCAAGACCUGGGCCAAGACUGGUAGUGUCCUUGUGAUGAGCUAUACUCUGUUGCGCAGUCUCGAGGACCAGACGGAUGGCAAGGAACUUCAACGCCUGAUUUGGGAUACGCCUUCUCUUGUCGUCGGCGACGAAGCUCAGAACUUCAAGAACUCAAAGUCCAAGACUGGCAUUGUUGCAAGCCAGUUCAAAACCACCAGCCGCAUCGCUUUGACUGGCUCCCCUCUGGCAAAUAACGUUGAGGAGUACUACUCGAUGAUCAAUUGGGUCUCUCCUGGAUUCCUGGGCGAGCCAAGCGAGUUCGCAACGAACUAUGCUAGGCCUAUUGAAGACGGACUGUGGAAGGGAAGCGAUGCCGCUAUGAGGAGAAGAGCCAAAAUCUGCCUUGCUGCUCUCAAGAAAGUGGUAGAACCCAAGGUCCAGAGAAGGACGAUCGCCUUCCUCAAAGACAGCAUUCCCCCGAAAAAGGAAUACAUCAUCUAUAUCAACCUUGGGCUGAUCCAGGAGGCUGUAUAUCAAACCUACGUCAAAGGCGUCCUGGGAGAAAUAGGAGGGAGGAAAAACCUUUCUGUUACAUCUGUUUGGAGCCUGACCGCUGCUUUGAGGCUUCUUCUAGCCCAUCCAUACAUUCUUCAGAAGAAGCUACAAGAGAAGCAAGCAGAUGAGCAGCCCAGAGAAAAGAAAAAGGGCUCGCCAGUUGACGAAACGGACGCCAGUCUCUCUGAUGCAUCAGAUACAGUGAAGGCCCUGGUGCUGGAUGUCCUGAAAGCCCAGCAGACCUCCGAGGCCAUCGAUUCCUCGCAGAAGAUGCUUGUGUUGGACAUGAUUCUUGAGGAAUCAAUGAGACUGGGCGAGAAUGUCUUGGUUUUCUCACAAAGCCUCGAUGUCCUGGACUUUGUCGAGCAUCAUCUUUGCGCAGCGAAGAAUCGGGCUUACAAGCGGCUCGAUGGCAAAGUUUCUCCUGCCUUGCGGCAGGGUCUUGUGAAAGAGUUCAAUCGCAACAAGUCGCAAGCAUUCCUCAUCUCGACGACAGCUGGAGGUGUUGGUCUCAACAUUCAUGGUGCCAGUCGAGUCGUCAUUCUUGAUUUCCAGUUUAAUCCUGUACACGAGCAGCAAGCCAUAGGGCGGGCGUAUCGUAUAGGACAGACGAAACAGGUGAUUGUGUACUGGCUCAUCUGCGGCGGAUCGUUUGAGAAAACGAUGCACAAUCAACAAGUGUUCAAAAAUCAGCUGGCCUCGCGUGUGGUGGACGCCAAAAACCCCUUGUCCAAAGCAGACAACAAUGUCUCAACCUGGUUCAGAGACUAUCAAAAGCAUGAGGCCAGGGAUAAGACCGCUUUUCGAGGCCAGGAUCCAGUCUUAGACGCUCUGCUCAAGUGUGAUGUUGUCAAGGGAAUACCAUGGAUUGAAACUACAGAUACCUUUGAGGAAGAAGAGCUGGACAAAGACCUGCCCGCAGACGCACAACAGGAGGCUGACCAAAUGGCUCAUCGACAGCAAACAGCUGCUCAGAACUCGGGAAAGGCAACUCCAUCCCAGCAAUAUGGUCAAGCACCUUUCAGUGUCCUAUCAGGACCGUAUCAGGGCAGACAGAAGCCAGCAGCGGUGCUGCCUGAUUUUGGCUUGCACCCCGCGACUCUGACAAUGCGUGGCCAGCAUUCCCAGCAACCAGUGAUGCAGUCGCAUGAUGCUUCUGUUGUAGCUUCUCUUGAGCGGCAGCCUUCUUUCUCUUCCCAGAAUGAACCCCCGACGUUUGGUGCUAAUGGGGAAUCGCAGCAAAAUCCACAGUCGAUGGCCACGCAUCUGAAUGCGUUUCCAGCGCAGCCAGCAGCUCCUCUUCCCUUUGGCAUGCCCCGGGCUGGCAGCGUCCAGCAGGAUGUGCAUCGAAGGCAGCCAGCGCCCCCUCCUGCCUUUGGCAUGGAUGGGGCUGCCAGCAGGCAGCAGCAGAAUACGGCCGCAACUCCUGUCAGCCUACCAGGGGAGGCAGCAAGGCCUAUCACAAUGGGAAAUACCCAAGAGGGACGCACUUCACGUGUUCAGGACUAUGGGUUUCUGGCCAAAUCCCGGAUAGAGGAGGAGAUGAAAGGUCAUCUAAGCCCAGAGGAGGAUAGCCGAUUCGGCGUGAUCAAGGAACAUCUGCAAGCGCAGGUGCAAAUGGCCAAGAUGGGGGGCAUGGAGAAGCACACGGUGUGGAAGAAUCUCGGACGGCUUGUCAAGACCUAUCCGGACAGCCUGGCCUAUCUGGAGGUGGCUGAGCCGGCGCAAGUCGUUGCCCUCCUUCUGAAGGGCGGCAAGUCAGAAGAGUCGAUGCACGCCAUGCUUGUUGAUCUUACCAAGAAGCCCAACACCCCGACCACCAAGACGAGGGAGCGGGACCCUGACGUAGGCGACCCUUUUCUUUAG